GUCUUUUUACUCACCUGGAUUCUCAACCAGUACCGACUGGUUCCCUUGGAGUUUAUUGAUCAGGUAGUGAUGGGCUACGGUGGCCUACGAGGGGCAGUAGCCUAUGGCCUUGUGGUCUCGCUGGAUGAGAAUAAGUUCAAGGAGAAGAAUCUGAUGAUCAGCACCACCCUCCUAGUGGUGUACUUCACUGUCGUGCUGCAGGUAAAAUAGCUCAUUUAAAUGUCAAACUUCAGUCGAUAGAUAGUGAAAUAUUUGUUGUUUUCUUUCAUAGUGUAAUGUGUUCACUUGAACAGACUGGUAUAUUUUAAUUGGCCACCGGUUUACUAUAUUUUCUUAUUUGUUGCAGGGAAUAACCAUGAAACCACUGGUCAACUGGCUGAAAGUGAAGAGGGCAGCAGUGACAGAACGCACACUAGCUGAAAAAAUACAGAAUAGGGUAACUAUCUGGUCAGAAGUCUUUGUUGUUCAUCAACCCCAAAGACUCAGACAACACACCUUACAUCUCUCUAAUUAAUCCCCAAAGUAAAGUUUUUACUUUUUGUAAACUGUACUACACCACCUUUGUUAAUGACAAGGUAUAUUAAGAGAACACACAAAUAAAUUAGUAGCAGGGCGAGAUUCAUGCAGACUUUAAAUAAAGCACACUCGUGAUGAAAUACUCUUUGUAAGCUAGUACACUCGUGAUGAAAAACUUUGUGAGAUAGCACACUCAUGGUAUAAUAUUCUUAUAGGAUAAUAACACACUGGUGGUAAUUGGUAUAACAACACAAUGGUGGUAAUUGGCAUGUGAAUGCACACUGCUUUCGAAUGAAAUAGCUCCCUCCUAAGGAGGUCUCUAGGGAAGUGGUGACGCAACAUACAAACAAACAUGUAUAUUACAAAGAAAAUUGUACUAAUCCGCCCGCUAAGGCAACCCCAAAUCUUUUGCCUGGAUACCAGCUCACCAGGGCAGACUACAGAGAAAAAACCUACCUACCUAUCGGGACACAAACUAACUCAACAGUAAGAACAGCGCUCCAAAAGCUCUGUGAAAAAUAAAAAACAUAAUUAUAACCCCGGGUCAUUUAUACAAUAGCAGUAUUUUUUUAGUAGCCCUUUCCUGCAGUCAAAUGACCUAGUGGCCUCAUGGGUGGAAUGUGAUUAUAUUUUUCAUAAUUAAUAAACAUCAUUUAUUUUUAAAACGCUGAAAAUCCGGUGUUUCUAUGUCAAACUGUUUUGUUAUAUUUCAGUAUUUUGUGAUGUAUAUUAUCAAGUGUAAUAUUGGGAUGCAAACUCAAAAUUGAAUGCAUUUCAACUCUAUAUCUGACAUGGUACAGGUGUCUUCUUUUUUUUAGGCCCAUAACCAUGUGUGAGGUGUAUACCUUUUUUCAAAGUAUAUUUGUUUAAGACUACCAAGAAACACUCUGUGUGACCAUGAUUUAGCCCACUGCAGCAAAAGGUUAAAUAAACAGCGUUAUUAGAUAGACUUGAUUCACAUUACAAUGUUAAAAGCGAAUACCUUUAAAAUGAAUGAGCUAUACCGGUCUCCCAGCUCAUACACUCACAACCGGCUUCCAAGCCGCUUCUCCCCAUCAAAAAAAAUGAGGGAAUGGGCAAUGGGAGUGGAUUGUCUUGCUUUCUCUACCAUCUCUGCUGUCACAACCCACAGCCCACAGGUAUGUUUUCCACUAGAUAACACAGCCACAAAGUCAAAAUUGGCUAUAUUGUGGCGUUAGCGGACCCACUCCUUAGCUAGCUAACUAACUAGAAGAACGAGGAGACUGUAGCUGAACCGGCAAAUCAGGUUUUAAUGCCCUCGAAAUAAAGGCUAACAGAGGGUUAGAAGGGUUGCCCAAAACAAUAAAAGCAUCUGGCUGUCAAAUAACUCAGAGGAGAUGUUAUUGUGUCCCAUUCAGUCUCUCAGACCCCCCUCAACCCCAAAAACUAGUGGCCUAUCAGCUAUGUGAACUAGGUGCAACUCCUCCCCCCAUAAUUUCCCCAUGAGCCCCCCCACAUGAUUUUUGGUAUUUUAUGAUAGAGCUAGAGGGUCGCUACACUGAUCUUUGUUACUCCAAAGUGGCCAACGACGGGGGAUCCAUGAUGUGCCUACAACACCUUUUCUCAAAGAUCCUUGGGCACCACCACUUGCCAACAGGGUUCACAGGUGGCUGGCAGGAGCUGUACACCAGGCCAUUCAGAUCAUAGGCCUCUGACAGUGGCAGACCGUGCCACUACUUCUUCCCAGGGUGGCCGGGACCCUUCCUCCAGCCAACCCAUGACCAUCCUGAGGUCAGGAUCAUCCAGCUGCAGUUCUCGCCAACUUUGUUCAUUUGCUGGUAGCAGUGCCCAGCACUUCACCUCUUCGACAUGCAGGUUCACGGCCUCACGUGCUUCUGCUCAGUUGCAGAUGUGGCAUUCUGGUGCACAUGGCAGCCGAGACAUGCUAUCUGCAUUAGUAUGGCUUUCCCCGGCUCUGUGCUGAAUGGUGAAUUGGAAUGCCUGGAGCUGUUUGAUCCACCGAGCUACUCCUUCCGGCUCUUUGAAGGACAGGAGCCACUUCAAGGCAGCAUGAUCGGUGCACACGGUGAAAGGAAGGCUACAGAGGAGAUGCUUGAAGUGCUCAACUGAGUCGACGAACGCCAGAAGCUCCCGGCGGGUUAUACAAUUAUUCUCUGGCUUGUCAAAGGUGCGAUUGUAAUAUGCAACUCAUUUUCCUUCCGGGGUUAGCUGCGACAAGACUGCACCGAGGCCUUCAUUGCUGGCAUCCGUAUCGAGGUUGAACGGAUUUCCCGGAUCUGGGGAUCUGAUGCACACAGGGUCCUGACACAAAGCCUGCUUCAGGAUGUUAAAGGGUGUAUGUUGGUCCAUCCCCCACUCAAAGAGGGUAUUGACUGCCAUGUGGAUAUCAGUGAAAAUUGGAAAACUUUGAACUUCCGCAAAAGGUAGUAAAAGGGGGCUGCCAUAGUGGCGAACCCAGCAAUAAAGCAUCUGUAAUAGGAGGCUAGCCCUAAGAAAGACCGAAGCUGGUGUAUGUAUGGUGUAAGCCAAUCCCUGACAGCGGCAACUUUGUUCGGUUUUGUCAUGACUCCUGCCUGGCUGACUCUGUGUCCGAGGAAGGUAACAUCUUUCUGCAUGAAACUGCACUUUUCUCUUUGGAUUCGGCCUAGAACUUCCUCCAAGUUUUCCUACGCAAUCUCGAAGCUUGUCCCAUGCACCAGUAGAUCAUCGAAAUACACCACACAUUGUUCCGGGGGCACACCUUUGAGAACCUUCUCUAUAAGCCUCUUGAAGGUGGCAGGGGCAUUAUACAAGCUAAAGGGCAUAGUGGUAAACUGCCACAGGCCUCGUCCUAUGGUGAAGGCAGUCUUUGCUUUGUAUUUGGGUGCCAGAGAUACCUGGCUAUCCGCUCCGUAGAUCCAGGGAAGAGAACCAAGCUGAGCCAGCGACAUAAUCGAGACACUCGUUUAUCCGAUGCAGUGGAUAGGAAUCUUUCACCGUCUUGUCGUUCAGUUGCUGAUAGUCGGCAGAGAACCUAUAGGUUCCAUCUCUUUUUGAGGACCAUGACCACGGGGGAGGCCUAUCAAACUGUUUGAUGGUGUCAGUAGAUGCCAUCUGUUCUAUGAGCUCAUCCGCUGCGGCUUGGUGGGCAUAGGGCAUCCAUCUGGCGCGUUGUCGGAUGGAGCACGUUGCCUGUGUCAAUGAUGUGCUGCACCAAGUGGGUUCGACCUACAUCAUUAGGAGUGACAGCAAAGCUGUGCCAGAAUGUGUAAAGUAGGUCCCAGACUUGUCACUCCCACAUGGCUUUGCUGCCGAUUCUGCGACUGUGGUGACACUUGCCGUCUGUAUAACUGGUGUAGGCAGGGGCUGUAGUUACUCCUGUGGCUCCAUGGUGGUGGGGCUAUCAUUGGAGAGGGGGAACGUGCACUCUGCAAAGGGGGCUUCCCACUAAAGGCUAGGGCUUGUCGGUUGGCAGGGUUUGUUUGCGCCACAGUGGGCAUCAUGGGAAAGGCAGCCUCACUGAAAGGGGGGAUGGGUUUAUCAUCUUGGAAAAUAAUGGUAUUUGUCUGGAAGUCCAGCUUUGCCUCUGCCUUACACAGGAAAGCCAUGCCUAGUAAAUAGUGCACUUUAACUUCAGCAACCCAGACAGGGUGACGUGCAGAGUAGUCACCCACCUGUAUCAAGACUUCACACCUUCCCAGAAUAGGAGCUCUUUCUCCAGUUACUGUGAUGAAGGGAACUUCGGUGGCUUGGGGUUGAGCACCAGGAGGCAGAAGGUCAGGAUGGAUAAGGGUCAUUGUGGAAUCUGUGUCCAGUAGUGCACAUGUCAACCGGCCCUCAACCCAAACAUGAACUCAACAGCAGUUAGUGUAUAGAGGGAGAGGGGUCUGGAAGAUGAAGGGUGUUUAUCAAGGGCUGAGUGUCAGUUGCUAAACCCCUCUUUUUAUAAAACAUCAACCAGUUAAUCUAACAGUGUUGAAAAUGGUCAACCUAAAUCUAACCUUGAUUAAAUAUAUCCAUGAAUCAUCAUUCCAUUUUAUUUUUUCAGACCUUUGACCACAUGCUUGUCGCCAUAGAGGACAUUUCUGGACAAAUAGGACAUAACUACAUGAGGGACAAGUAUGUGGACACUAACAUCAUAUUAUCAACUUCAAUAAGUUGUCAUCAUAUAAGUAUUAUUUAAAUUAAUGUAUUACAUACCAUACCUUUCAAAGAUUAAAUUUAACACAAUUGUUUUGUUUUUAUUCUCUUCUCGUAUCCUUCUAAGGUGGAAUACAUUUGAGGAGAGGUGGUUGUACUGGCUCUUGAUGACUCCCUCUGCCAGGAAGUCUUGUGACCACAUAUUCAACAUCUUCCACAAGCUCAACCUCAAGGAUGCCAUGAGCUAUGUGAAAGAGGUAAGAGCGACUAAAGGUUUGGGAAAGCCAUGACAACUUAAUACUGUAGUUACAAUGCUACACAAUAAAUUAACCACCAGGAUCACUGAUUUACAUUAACAUUACAAAUAUAUUUUUUUUGUUUAUUUUUUAUAGCAGAUGUUACAGCGGGUGCAGCAAAAUGCUUGUGUUACUCGAACUGUUAAGAGCAAGUAACACAAGCAUUUCACUGCUACAUCUUCUAAUCUGAUGGAGACUGUGUACAACUUUGAUUUGAUGAAAUAUUUUUAUCCCAUUAUAGGGAGAAAGCAGAGGCUCAUUGGCGUUCGUUCGGCAUGAAUCCAAGGCUGAUGUGGAUUUCAAUAAGAUGUUUGGUGCCAACUUCUCAGAGAUGAUGCCUUCCAUCAUGACAGAAAAUAUGGGACCGGAUCAUGUUCCAGUCUCCAUCUUGUAAGCAACAUUGCCUGACUUAAUUUGCAUCCCAAUGGCACAUGCAUCCCAAUGGAUCAUGUUCCAGUCUCCUCCAUCUUGUAAGCAACAUUGCCUGACUCAGUCCGCAUCUCAAUGGCUCAAGUCAAAAGUAAUGCACUAUAGGGUUGGACAACCCUGGGGCAAAGUACAGGUACGAAUGGUGAAACUGACAUUGCGUGCAGUUUACUUACCCAUUUUGCAUGUACAGUGGGGAAAAAAAGUAUUUAGUCAGCCACCAAUUGUGCAAGUUCUCCCACUUAAAAAGAUGAGAGAGGCCUGUAAUUUUCAUCAUAGGUACACGUCAACUAUGACAGACAAAAUGAGAAAAAAAAUUCCAGAAAAUCACAUUGUAGGAUUUUUAAUGAAUUUAUUUGCAAAUUAUGGUGGAAAAUAAGUAUUUGGUCAAUAACAAAAGUUUCUCAAUACUUUGUUAUAUACCCUUUGUUGGCAAUGACACAGGUCAAACGUUUUCUGUAAGUCUUCACAAGGUUUUCACACACUGUUGCUGGUAUUUUGGCCCAUUCUUCCAUGUAGAUCUCCUCUAGAGCAGUGAUGUUUUGGGGCUGUCGCUGGGCAACACAGACUUUCAACUCCCUCCAAAGAUUUUCUAUGGGGUUGAGAUCUGGAGACUGGCUAGGCCACUCCAGGACCUUGAAAUGCUUCUAACGAAGCCACUCCUUCGUUGCCCGGGCAGUGUGUUUGGGAUCAUUGUCAUGCUGAAAGACCCAGCCAUGUUUCAUCUUCAAUGCCUUUGCUGAUGGAAGGAGGUUUUCACUCAAAAUCUCACGAUACAUGGCCCCAUUCAUUCUUUCCUUUACACGGAUCAGUCGUCCUGGUCCCUUUGCAGAAAAACAGCCCCAAAGCAUGAUGUUUCCACCCCCAUGCUUCACAGUAGGUAUGGUGUUCUUUGGAUGCAACUCAGCAUUCUUUGUCCUCCAAACACGACGAGUUGAGUUUUUACCAAAAAGUUCUAUUUUGGUUUCAUCUGACCAUAUGACAUUCUCCCAAUCCUCUUCUGGAUCAUCCAAAUGCACGCUAGCAAACUUCAGACGGGCCUGGACAUGUACUGGCUUAAGCAGGGGGACACGUCUGGCACUGCAGGAUUUGAGUCCCUGGCGGCGUAGUGUGUUACUGAUGGUAGGCUUUGUUACUUUGGUCCCUGCUCUCUGCAGGUCAUUCACUAGGUCCCCCCGUGUGGUUCUGGGAUUUUUGCUCACCGUUCUUGUGAUCAUUUUGACCCCACGGGGUGAGAUCUUGCGUGGAGCCCCAGAUCGAGGGAGAUUAUCAGUGGUCUUGUAUGUCUUCCAUUUCCUAAUAAUUGCUCCCACUGUUGAUUUCUUCAAACCAAACCAAAUACUUAUUUUCCACCAUAAUUUGCAAAUAAAUUCAUUAAAAAUCCUACAAUGUGAUUUUCUAGAAUUUUUUUUCUCAUUUUGUCUGUCAUAGUUGACGUGUACCUAUGAUGAAAAUUACAGGCCUCUCUCAUGUUUUUAAGUGGGAGAACUUGCACAAUUGGUGGCUGACUAAAUACUUUUUUCCCCACUGUAUAACUCAAUCCCUCCUUAGAGCAACCUGCUAGAGGGUGGUUUCCCUUGUCGUAUUGUUCCAAUACGGAGGCUAGACAUCUGUAUUAGUCUAGCAACAGUGCAAGAGUACAGAAGAACUGAGCGGAUGAUCUAUUACAGCCGCAUCACCUUAGGAAAACACACACAUGGUGUGUUCCAAUGAUCCCAUAGUCACCGUCCCAUAGUUUGCACCAAUGUAGCGAACGGCGGGACAGGGAGGCCAAGCCGGAUCGCUGGUGUGGGAAACAAACACCCUACGCAUGGCGCCCAAUGGUGGCUAUAGUUAUAGCUAGCCGAACAGGUGAAAAGUGCCUGCUGUGUCUAACAGUCUGGGAGCCAGUCUGCUUGGUGAAGAGAGCGAACACACACUAGCGGUUGCGAAUCGUCAGUGUAGUAAAAUCCCUCUAUUGUAGGAUAGGAUGGAAAUGAUGUUGCAGGACAGUUUGAUGUAAAACUAGUGACCAGCCCGAGGAGAUUGUAUAUGAGCCUAGUGGAUCCUGGCUCGAACCCUUUAGGAUGUGCUCCACACCCACAUGAAAAAAUACUAUAGUAUACUAUGGCAUAAAUACUAUAGUAUUCACUGUGGUGUUUUUGCUGACUUUACUGUAGUAUUUCCUGUAGUGUUGCGGACAUGACUAUAGUAUAAUGCAGUAUUUAAAGUUUACUAUAGUAUAAAUACUGUAGUAAAAAGAAAACGACUAUAGUAAUGACUAAUGUUUUUGCGGACUGUUUUAUACUGUAGUGUUUUUGCAGACAUUACUGUAGUAUUUACUACAGUGUUUUUUUUAUUAUUAUCUUUCCCAUUGCAGUGGGGGCUUUCUCCUCGAGGAAAACUAUUCGACUGAACUGCUCUUUUCAUAACCUGUAGGGAACACAAUAUAUGGUCUAUACUUGGCAUGUAGGUUUCUCACAUUUGAGUGGCACAAAUUGGGAUAUGGGGGAGGAAAAUGGGAAGGGUAUAUGCAAAUAAAUACUGUAACAUAUACUAUAAUAAUUACUGCAGUGUUUUGUGGACUAUAGUGUUUUUGCAAACAUUACUGUAGUAUUUACAGUGCAUUCUGAAAGUAUUCAGACCCCUUCUCUUUUUCGAAAUUGUUACGUUACAGCCUUAUUCUAAAAUUGAUUAAAUAUUUUUUUCCCCUGAUCAAUCUACAUACAAUACCCCAUAAUGACAAAGCAAAAACAGGUUUUUAGAAAUGUUUGCACAUUUAUUAAAAAUAAAAAAAACAUUGCAUUUACAUAAGUAUUCAGACCAUUUGCUAUGAGACUCGAAAUUGAGCUCAGGUGCAUCCUGUUUCCAUUGAUCAUCCUUGAGAUAUGUUUCUAUAACUUGAUUGGAGUUGAUUUGGAAAGGCACACACCUGUCUCUAUAAGGUCCCACAGUUGACAGUGCAUGUCAGAGCAAAAACCAUGCCGUGAGGUCGAAGGAAUUGUCUAUAGAGCUCCGAGACAGGAUUGUGUCGAGGCACAGAUCUGGGGAAGGGUAGAAAAAAAUGUCUGCAGCAUUGAAGGUCCCCAAGAACACAGUGGCCUCCAUCAUUCUUAAAUGGAAGAAGUUUGGAACCACCAAGACUUCCUAGAGCUGGCCGCCCGGCUAAACGGAGCAAUCGGGGGAGAAGGGCCUUGGUCAGGGAGGUGACCAAGAACCCGAUGGUCACUCUGACAGAGCUCCAGAGUUCCUCUGUGGAGAUGGGAGAACCUUCCAGAACAACCGUCUCUGCAGCACUCCACCAAUUAGGCCUUUAUGGUACAGUGGCCAGACGGAAGCCAAUCCUCAGUAAAAAGGCACAUGACAGCCCGCUUGGAGUUUGCCAAAAGGCACCUAAAGGACUCUCAGACCAUGAGAAACAAGAUUCUCUCCUCUGAUGAAACCAAGAUUGAACUCUUUGGCCUGAAUGCCAAUCGUCACGUCUGGAGGAAACCUAGCACCAUCCCUACAGUGAAGCAUGGUGGUGGCAACAUCAUGCUGUGGGGAUGUUUUUUAGUGGCAGGGUGACUAGUCAGGAUCGAGGGAAAGAUGAACGGAGCAAAGUACAGAGAGAUCCUUGAUGAAAACCUGCUCCAGAGCACUCAGGACCUCAGACUGGGGCGAAGGUUCACCUUCCAACAGGACAACGACCCUAAGCACACAGCCAAGACAAUGCAGGAGUGGCUUUGGGACAAGUCUCUGAAUGUCCUUGAGUGGCCCACCCAGAGCCCGGACUUGAACUCGAUUUAACAUAUCUGGAGAGACCUGAAAAUAGCUCUGCAGCGACGCUCCCCAUCCAACCUGACAGAGCUUGAGAGGAUCUGCAGAGAAGAAUGGGAGAAGCUCCCCAAAUAAAGGUGCUUCAACAAAGUACUGAGUAAAGGUUCUGAAUAUGUAUGUAAAUGUGAUAUCAGUUUUGAAUUUAAUACAUUACAGAAUCAGAGUCACAAACAGGUAAUGGGGAUUAGAGGGCCUAAAAUCAAACAGUUAUUCUUAAUAUUUAAUUAUUGGGAUUAUAGGAAAAAUGUACUUACUAUGCCUGUGAUACAGUAUCUGGUUGUCCCACCUAGCUAUCUUAAGAGGAAUGCACUAACUGUAAGUCGCUCUGGAUAAGAGCGUCUGCUAAAUGACUCAAAUGUAAAAUUAUAGGAGAAAUACAGAUAGUAAUAAUAAAGUAACAGAUACACGCUCACAUUCAAAUCAGGGAAAAUAUAUGUGAGAUUGAGCUGGAUACUCUUAUGUAUAUACUGUCUGGAACUAAUGGUCUUCAGAGAACUCUCCAAAACAAAGGAUUUCAGAAGUCCAGUAGUUAGCCACAGUCAUCCUCAGUCUUCAUCGGGUCCCAGCUGAGUCUCUCUCUGGCACAAGUCCCUUUGGUUAAAAGCUGUCGUCCUUGUUGCUGAUAGGAGAAGCUUUGAUGUAGACUAGAGGUGUGAGAUGAGCAAAAGAGGGGAAGGACGACUCCUGCCGGUAGAUUGCUGUGGGUGGCCCCCCUCUUUCUUUGUUCUCUGGCCACUGAAGAGAGGUCCUUGUGUAUUCUCAUUGUGGUUGACGUCUGGCGUUGAUGUGUUAAUUCGACUCUCCUCUACACUAACAACCCGGCUUCCAAACCGCUCUUGUAUCCUAAAUCAUGCAAUGGAGCCACAGUGUUUUUGUAAAUGUACACUACAAGUCAAAAGUUGACACCUACUCAUUCAAGGGUUUUUCUUUAUUUUGUAUUAUUUUUUACAUUGUAGAAUAAUAGUGAAGACAACCUAUGAAAUAACACAUAUGGAAUCAUGUAGUAAAACCAAUUCUUCAAAUAGCCACCCUUUGCCUUGAUGACAGCUUUGCACACUCUUGGCAUUCUCUCAACCAGCGUCACCUGGAAUUAUUUUCCAACAGUCUUGAAGGAGUUCCCACAUAUGCUGAGCACUUGUUGGCUGCUUUUCCUUCACUCUGCGAUCCGACUCAUCCCAAACCAUCUCAAUUGGGUUGAGGUCGGGGGAUUGUGGUGGCCAGGUCAUCUGAUGCAGCACUCCAUCACUCUCCUUCUUGGUAAAAUAGCCCUUACACAGCCUGGAGGUGUAUUGGGUCAUUGUCCUGUUGAAACUUAGCCUUAAGAUGCUUUUGGGAAACCGGGCCCUAGUACGUUUUCAGAGUCUGCCCUCCAGUCGCCAGCAAAUUACUAACAGUGAACAUUUAAUGUUUCUUCCCUUCUAGAUGGGACAGUGUAACCUCUGUCUGCCUGAACAUGCAUGAGCAGGACCUGAAGAUGAGGGAGUCAGAGGACAUUAAUGCACACCAUCUACUGCAGCAGCACUUGUACAGAGGCAAGAAACAGGUAUUGCUUAGUUGAAGACAAUUAGAUCCCCCCAAAAAAUGCCAAGGGCGCUAAAAAGAAAGCAGUUUUUUACCCUCUUCCUCUCAUUCCUUGACCUAACAGCACAGACACUGGUACAGUCGGAAACACCUUGACGUCAACAAGGAUGAGAAUGAGGUGCAAGAGAUCUUCCAGAGAACCAUGAGGAGCCGUCUAGAGUCCUUCAAGUCCGCCAAAAUGGGUGUCGCGCCACCCAAGAAUAUAACCAAUCAUCUAAAGAAAGACCAGCCACAAAAGGUCAGGGAUGACUACACUUUUUUCUCCUUCCCCCUUGUCUUCAUAGCCAUCCUCUUGGAGGCAAUGUGAUAAUAUGUACAGUAUGUUGUGUAUUUCAUUUUGUGUCAUUUUUAGAUGCCAAACGGAAAAUCCACGGAUAACAGUAAAAGCCAUGCUUAUGGGGACGAAGGUACUUCUUUGCUUUUCACUUCUCUUUUGCAUUAUAUAAGAGGCUUGUGGGUAGGGGCGUUCUUGAAUUACGGUUGCGUUUUUCUAAAUCAACUACAGUGCCCUUAAAGUAUUCAUAUCCCUUGACUUAUUCCACAUUUUGUUGUAUUACUGGCAAGUGUCUUCACUGACAUUUUCAACCUCUCCCUGACCGAGUCUGUAAUACCUCAUGUUUCAAGCAGACCACCAUAGUCCCUGUGCCCAAGAAAGUGAAGAUAACCUGUCUAAAUGACUACCGCCCAUAGCGCUCAUGUCGGGAGCCAUGAAGUGCUUUGAAAGGCUGGUCAUGGCUCACAUCAACACAAUCAUCCCGGAAAUCCUAGACCCACUCCAAUUCGCAUACCGCCCCAACAGAUCCACAGAUGACGCAAUCUCAAUCGCACUCCACACUGCCCUUUCCCACCUGGACAAAAGGAACACCUAUGUGAGAAUGCUGUUCAUUGACUACAGCUCAGUGUUCAACACCACAGUGCCCAAAAAGCUAAUCACUAAGCUAAGGACCCUGGGACUAAACACCUCCCUCUGCAACUGGAUCUUGAACUUUCUGACGGGCCACCCCCAGGUGGUAAGGGUAGGCAACAACACAUCUGCCACGCUGAUCCUCAACACUGGGGCCCCUCAGGGGUGUGUGCUUUGUCCCCUCCUGUACUCCCUGUUAACCCACGACUGCGUGGCCAAGCACAACUCCAACACCAUCAUUAAGUUUGCUGACGACACAACAGUAGGCCUAAUCACCGACAAUGAUGAGACAGCAUAUAGGGAGGAGGUCAGAGACCUGGCAGUGUGGUGCCAGGACAACAACCUCUUCCUCAGCGUGAGCAAGACAAAGGAGCUGAUCGUGGACUACAGGAAAAGGAGGGCCGAACACGCCCAUUCACAUCGAUGGGGCUGUAGUGGAGCGGGUUGAGAGUUUCAAGUUCCUUGGUGUCCACAUCACCAACAAACUAUCAUGGUCCAAACACAAGAAGACAGUCGUGAAGAGGGCAUGACAACACCUUUUCCCCCUCAGGAGACUGAAAGGUUUUGGGAUGGGUCCCCAGAUCCUCAAAACGUUCUACAGCUGCACCAUCGAGAGCAUCCUGACCGGUUGCAUCACCGCCUGGUAUGGCAAUUGCUCGGCAUCCGACCGUAAGGCGCUAUAGAGGGUAAUGCGUAUGGCCCAGUACGUCACUGGGGCCAAGCUUCCUGCCAUCCAGGACCUAUAUACUAGGCGGUGUCAGAGUAAGGCCCAAAAAAUGGUCAAAGACCCAAGUCAUACUGUUCUCUAUGCUACCGCACGGCAAGCGGUACCGGAGUGCCAAGUCUAGGUCCAAAAGGCACCUUAACAGCUUCUACCCCCAAGCCAUAAGACUGUUGAACAAUUAAUCAAAUGGCCACCCGGACUAUUUAUAUUGACCCCCCCCCCCCCCCUUAGCUAAUAGUUUUCUUUAAUAUAAACCCCUCCCUCGAUAACAGUUUUCCACUGGAGGGAAUGCUCAAGGUCCUUGUAUAUCUUUGGAGUAAUUUCCAAGGUGGGAACACCAAUGACAUAAAACUUACUGACACAUGCAGUAUUAUAUUUGUAAAAAAUAAACAUGUAUUUUAAUAGCCUUUUUUAUUGAUCUAUACAAUAUAUUAAAUACUUUUGUUUACAUUGCAUUCAAAAUAAUAGAUAUCUCUAAAUCCCCAAAACAUGUCACUACAACUGUACUGGGUCACUACUGGGUCCAGCCAAUUUGCUUACCCUAAGUACUUCUAACAUAAACAAAAUGUUUUGCUGUAUAAAGGACUUGCAUUGUUUUAUUAUUGAUAAAGAGUUCAAUAUAUUGAAAAACAUGUAUGAUGUAACCAUAUAUUUGUAAUUUAAAAGGGUUUUUCAUGUUUGCAAAGGCAAGGGAUGCAAAUGCCACCACAAUCCAAGAACUACCCGGGGGGGAAAAAGAGGAUGAGGCUGAUUACAUUUGCUUUCUGACAUAAACAGAAUUUAAUUGUUUUCUGGUUGGCUGUUUCUUUCUGCCUUCAGAUUUGGAGUUUUCUGAAGGAGACAGUGCCUCUAGUUGCGAGGCUGCUGGUGGUUCAUUCCCCAUGAGAGCCUAUAGAGGUGGUAAGUCUUCACAUCAACUCAAAACUAAUGAAGUAAACCAAGUUAAACAUGUCAAAGUCAGACACUAAAACACUUCAGUCACUAAACAACAACCUCACCUCUUAGAGACCUUUCAAUUGAAUAAAUACAUUUCAAUUAAUUGAAAUCUCCUUCCUGGUCUAGCUGGGAUCAUGAACCCAGCUUUCAUGGCAGAGAUGGACCCCAUGCCACCAAUGCAGCAGAUUCCGCCAUUGCUGGCUGAAGCAGAGGUGGACUUUUGGUAA